AUGGAGGAUGUCGAAAAUACGUUGGAUGUGGCCGCUGCAUUGCUUGAGAAAUUGGAAUUAGAGAAUGCACAGGCUCGAUCAGUUGCUGGAGCUUUAACAUCGCAUCAAUUAUCGUUGGACAUUAAAGUGGAAGGAUUAACGAUAACAUUCUAUGGCAAAGAAAUUGUUACCGAUACCAAGCUUGAAUUAAAUAUGGGUCGUCGCUAUGGCUUAAUUGGUCUUAACGGCAGUGCUAUAUUUCGUCGGGAAUUGCCGAUUCCUGAUCAUAUUGAUAUGUUCCUGGUGUCCAGAGAAAUGGCAGCUAGUUAUGAUUCAGCGUUGAAGCUGAAAAUUAUAGAAAGUCAAGAAAAAUUGUUGGAUAUUUAUGAUCGAUUGGAAGAGAUGGAUGCUGAUAAAGCUGAAGUUAAAGCAGCUGAAAUUUUGCACGGUUUAGGAUUCACCCGCUCAAUGAUGCUUAAAAAAUGUGCUGAUUUUUCUGGAGGUUGGCGUAUGCGAAUUGCUCUUGCACGAGCGCUUUAUCUGAAACCGUCCUUGCUAUUGUUAGAUGAACCUACAAAUCAUCUUGAUUUAGAAGCUUGCGUUUGGCUUGAAGAAGAACUCUCUAGGUAUAAACGAACGUUACUGAUUGUAUCACAUUCACAGGAUUUUAUGAAUGGAGUUUGUACAAAUAUAAUUCACUUAUUCCAGAAUAAACUGAAUUAUUACGGGGGUAAUUAUGAUACUUAUGUUAGAACUCGCACGGAAUUAUUAGAAAAUCAAAUGAAACGGUAUAAAUGGGAACAAGACCAGUUGGCUGAUAUGAAGGAUUACAUCGCGAGGUUUGGUCAUGGUAGUGCGAAAUUGGCUAGGCAAGCUCAGAGUAAGGAAAAAACGAUGGCCAAGAUGAUUGCUGGUGGAUUGACGGAGAAAGUAGUCGUUGAAAAGGUAAAGCCAUUCUAUUUCUUCGAUCCAGGCCCAAUUCCUCCACCAGUUAUUAUGGUUCAGCAUGUUGAAUUUCGUUAUAAGCCAGAUUCGCCUUUAAUCUACAAAGAUCUGGAUUUUGGAAUUGAUCUAGAUGCGCGUAUAGCACUGGUUGGUCCUAAUGGUGCUGGCAAAUCGACUUUGUUGAAGCUGCUUACGAAUGAGGUUAUGCCAACAAAUGGUCUAAUCAGGCGUCAUUCCCACUGCAAAAUUGGUAGAUAUCAUCAGCAUUUGCAUGAAGAGUUGCCACUGGAAAAAUCAGCCUUGGAAUUCAUGAUGUUAUCCUUUCCUGAUGUGCGAGAAAAAGAAGAAAUGCGAAAGAUAAUUGGUAGAUACGGUUUAUCUGGCAGAGAACAAAUAUGUCCAAUGAAACAGUUGUCUGAUGGGCAACGAUGUCGUGUAUCCUUCGCUUGGUUGGCCUGGCAGCAGCCUCAUCUCUUACUUCUUGAUGAACCAACAAAUCACCUCGAUAUGGAUAGUAUUGAUGCACUCGCAGAUGCCAUUAAUUGCUUUGAAGGAGGAUUGAUAUUGGUAUCACACGAUUUUCGUCUCGUUCAUCAAGUGGCUGAAGAAAUUUGGAUCUGCAAUAAUCAAACAGUGACAAAAUGGGAUGGUGAUAUUUAUUCUUACAAAGAAUAUUUACGGAGCUCAAUUGAUAAGAGUCGUAAAAAAAUGAUCGAACGUUAA